AGUAAAAAUCUAAAAUUUCUUAAUUUUAUUUUUUAUAUUAAUCAGUGACUUCUAAAAAAAAUAGUUCAUGCCUUUGUGCCAUAGUUAAGCUAUAGUAUGACUUAUGACUGUUAUGAGUAAUAAGUAUUGGUUUAUUGUGAGUUAUGAAUUUACUAGUAUAAUUUCCUGUUAUUAUAUUGUAUUGAAUAACCGAUAACAACAUCAUAAUAAAAUCACAGAAUAGAUUAAAUUAAUUAGUUGUUGAUCUUGAUACAAGUGAUACAACUGCUUAAGAUCAUUUUCAAAGUGCUACAGCAGUCUUWAAAAAAAAGAAGCCCGUUUGUAUAAAACAAAAACUAUGUUCUCAGUAUGUACAAAGUCUCACAAUUCUUUAAAGAAUUUUACAAUUUUUAAAAGUAAAGUUCAAAUUAUUACCCAAAAUAAAACAUACUCUACAGUACCAUACAUACAAGGACAAUCACCAGAGUACAAAAUAAGAGAGUAUUUCUAUUAUAUAGAUCACCAAGGAAUGCUUUUUUUAGAUGAUAGCAAAAUGAAAAAUUUUACAUCAGCUUAUAAAGAAAUAGAUUUUUUGUUUUUUUUUUUCAAACGAUUAAAAUUAAACACUACUGAUCGAUAUAAGGAACACUUUCCAUGGAUAUCAUUAUGUGGUAGAGAACGGAAUUUCGUUAGAUGUGACGAUUAUCCAAUUGUGUUCAAUCAGGUAAUCAAAAGUACCGAUGGCAGUCUAUUAUUUUGUCAUAACCAUGCUGGUCCAAAGUUGACUGUGUUAUUUCAACCUGAUAAACUUUGGAUGGAUGUUGAAAAUGGUAGAGUAUACCAUCCAGCCUCUGAACAACAUGGCUCAAUAGGACUCGUAUCAUCUAGAACAGCUAUUGAAUUUAGUAAAAUGUUUAAAUACAGUGAUACAGACAAUUAUGUACCAACACAUUUUUUAUGGGCUGAUAAAGAGUAUGUUCUAGACCAUGAUUGGUUUAAACCCUUGAUCYGUAAAUGAGCAAAAUUCGAAUUUCUGUAUGAAUAGUGUUAAUUUAAAAUAAUAUAUAUGUCAAAAAUGAAAUUGUUUACAUAAUUAAAGUUGACAAGUGCAUUCUGUUA